AGUUAUUUUAUACCCUAACAAUAAUCUACGUCCCCAUGGCCCUCCUAGCAAAACUCACCCUCCUCACCAUCCUCGCCCGACUCUUCAUCCUCCGCCGAUCCCAAACCCUAACCGUAUACCUCACCAUCACCCUCACAACAAUCUACUACAUCACCAUCCUCUUCAUCAAGAUCUUCAUCUGCAACCCCGUUUCGACAUUCUGGACGUCGCCCAACAACCCACACAACCCUAACUGUCUCUCCGAGGGGGCAGUAUUUCUCGCUGAUGCGAUCAUGAGCGUUAUCACAGACCUGGCGAUCCUACUCCUGCCCAUCGGGUUGAUGUUCCCGCUGCGAUUAGGCGUGGUGAAGAAGGUGAAAGUGGGGGCUAUGCUGGGGUGUGGCGGGUUGGCUGUGGGAUUUAGUAUUUAUAGGGUUGUGCUGGUGGUGGGCGUGGGCGUGGGGGGGUUGGGGGAUAGUCAGGUAUACGCUAGAAUACUUUUGUCGGGGAACGCGGAAGGAGGUUUCGGGCUCAUUUGUAGCUGUAUCCCCGCGCUGCAUAUCUUAGUCUCGAGGGUGAAGGCGAAGAUGAGGAAGGGGUCAAGGUCAAGGUCUUCUGCUAUUGCGUCUGGGGAUGGGAGUGGAAGUGGAAGUGGUGGGAAGAAGAGGGAUAGGGGUGUUUCGAGUAGUGGAGGCACGGCGGCGC